AUGGCGGCGGCCAGAGGAGUAGACCGGCUGAGUGAUCUGCCGGAGCCGAUUCUACUCCACAUCCUCUCUAUGUUGUCGGAUGCAAAACAAGUUGUGCGAACCAGCCUACUCUCUACAAGAUGGCGAUUUCUUUGGGUGUCUGUUCCAUUAAAUCUCUCUUUCCGUUUCCCCUAUGGUGGAAAUCAAAAUGACACUGUUGCUUACCUGGCCUCCGUCCAUAGAGAGCUUUAUUAUUGGAAAUCUUGCAAGAAAAUCAAGAGCUUUUGUAUCGGGGGCCUUGGGUAUGAUGAGAUUUAUUCUAAAGAUGUUGAUUUAUGGAUACAUUUUGCUACUAAAGUUGCAAAUGUUGAAUUCUUUUCACUUUCAUUGAUUACUGCAAGUCAACAAAAUUAUAAGUUUCCGCAGUUUGGGUAUAAAAACUCGUCGUUAAAGCAAUUGAUUUUAAAUCGAUGUCAAUUGAACCCUUGUGCUAGUGUUAAUUGGAGUAAUUUGGGUUUUCUUUCAAUUGGGUUCAUGGAAUUGACGGAUGGUGCUAUGGAAAAGGUAUUAUCUGGUUGCCCUAACUUGGAAUGCUUGGAAUUAAAAAAGGUUUGGGGCAUGCAACGUCUGGUAAUUAGAUCUGUGAACAUGACAAUACUGAUUAUCGAAGAGUACUACGAUAAGAAUCAUGAUAUUUGGCUUGAAAUAAUAGCUCCGCAUGUUAAACAUUUGGAAAUCUUGGGAUUGUGUAGUCAGAUACGCAUCAUACAGAGGAAUGUUUCUUCCCUUCAUUAUGUUGUCCUUCGUUUUUAUUUUGAUUUUAAGGUUGAGGAAAGCAACUUAGAGAAGGAGUUUUGCUGUUUGAAGGAACUUCUUCAUGGUGUUGCCUAUGUCGAGUUUCUUGAACUGAGUAGCUGGUGCAUCAAGUGCCUGUCCAUUCUGAAGUUGAAAGGGUGGCAGUCUCCAACAUCAAGCCGGAAUUUAUUGGACCUUCAAAUAAACGAAGGCCAAUUAGACUUCCCUGGAAUUUGCAGCUUGCUACAGAGCUCAUUGGAUCUUGAGACAUUGUUCAUUGAUUUGCAUGGGGAUUCAUCAAGUGACUUGCUGUUAAGUUACACAAAUGAGGGUAAACAAAUCCAGAGGUUUGAGACACAUAACUUUAACAACUCAUUUCCACAUCUGAAGACUGUUAAGAUUGCUAACCUUAGGGGACUACUAAGUGAAAAUAAGUUUUUGCUGCCACUGGUUAAGUAUUUGCUCAAACAUGCGAUCGUGCUAGAAAAGUUUGUCAUUGCUGUAUUAUUAUUUGGGAGUGAUGCGUUUCCAGAUCAUGCUGAAAUGACACAGGAGUUACUAAGCCUUCCAAGAUCAUCUCCACACAUUUCAGUUGUCAUUUCUCAUCGAUAA